AUGUUGAAGUCUACAGCUUUUGUGAGCACCUCUCGAAUUCCUGUCCGGAAGUCUCAGCGCCUCUCACUUCCGGUACGUGUGCCGAACCAGUCGGCAACCCCCACCCCCGUCAAAGCAGCAGUCAUCCAAGACAAUACCAUGACCUCUUUGUCGGGCUCGACCCUCACAGCACGCCAGGCGGCUCGCAACUCGCGCCUGCGCCCAUGGGCAGCACCUCGCGUCACUGGCGGGUCUGCCCCCAAGCCCACGACAAGCACCACUAGCCUACCACAGCAGGCCGGAGCGACUUCUCCGAAAUCAAAGUCAGUGAACGACCAGAAGCAUACGAUGAGUAAGCAGGCAGUCUCCCGUCAAGCAACCACCGUCGCGCCGAAGUCGAUGCCAGCGAAAGGAAAGGAGGAGAUGAAGAAGCACGCGAUGAGUAAGCAGGCAGUCCCUCGACAAGCAACCACUGCCGCGCCCAAGUCGGUGCAAUUGAAAGUUAACGACAAGAAAGAGGAGGAGUUGAGGGGGAAUGGUUCUAGACGGAGGAUGGAUACCAGGACGAAGGGAGGAAAGGUUGGAGGAACUGUGGAGAAGAAGUCGGUCAAGCUUCCAGGAGCUACCGCCAGAGCCACCCCCUCUCGUUCCGCUCGUUCUGCUCGAGCAACCCAUCGUUCGAUCCCCGAGAGGCCUCGCUCGCCUCCACCCACCCGCCCUGACCCACCGACCUCAAGCCGCGCUGGACGGCUGAUCGGACCUGACGCACUGUUCCCGUCAAAUGUUGAUGGAACCAAGGCCUGCAAGAAGGUACGGUUCUGCAAUCAACCGACAGUGCACGAGGUAGGCUACUACCUGACAAAGCCCGAUCCCAAUCAGCCCAUGCCAAAGGUCAUGCCGGCUCGGAAGUCCCGGGGGUGCAAAAGAAUGAUGCAGGCGACGAGGAACGAGAGCGGCGAGGUGGCCACCAUCACGCUGGACGACAAAUUCCUCACCCGCAUCAAGCAAGUUCGCGGCUACCUUGCCCGUCAAGAGUCAGCGGUUGGCAUCCAGCCAUCUUACGGUAACGACAACUUCGUCGUCGACUUGAGUCCUGACACGAUUCGGUCUUCCAAUAUCGUCAAGGUUAACCUUGAGACCAGGAUGUCCCAAUCGCUUGACUUCAAGGUGCCGUUCAUUCCAGCUGAAGCAGGUGUCGCCGGUGAGCAGGAGGGUUAUGGUGUCUUCGGCCCUUGCCAGUUCAAGGCAGAGUGGAUUGAGACUGACGAGGAGGACAUUUUGGAUGACCUUCUGCUCCCGGAUGACGAUGAUAGCGAUGACGGUGAGGGUGCUCCUGGCCCAUGUCUGCUCAAGGCAGAAUGGAUCGAGACUGAGGAGGACGUUCUCGACGGGCUUGAGCUUCCCGACGACGACGACGAUGACGACGAAGACGACGAUGACGACGCCGUUGUCGGCACUGACGAGGGUGUAUCCGGUCCAUGCCUGCUCAAGGCAGAGUGGAUCGAGACCACCGAGGAUAACACCUUGGAUGGUCUUGAGCUCCCUGAGCUCGACAGUGACAACGACACCCCCGAAAGUUCCGACAUCGAGGAGGAAGCUGGAGCCGAGAUGGAUGCUGCCCCCAAAGCUCCAUUCAAGGAUCAAUGGAUAGAGACCGCCAAAGACAAGACCCUCGACGGCCUCGAUUUCGCCCUUUUCGAUGGCGAUAUCUGGAUCUCGCCGAGCAGAGAGAAGCUCUAUUCCGAGAUCAUCAAUGAUCCCCGGUUCUGCCAUGCUUCUAUGGCUGUCUAUCGUGACUUGGGCGUAUGCCCCGAGCUUGGGAUUUGGUACCAGCAUUGGUUUCACACGACUACCUGGAGGAUUGGAGGACUUUACGACUACAGACAUACUGGACGACUUUCCGACUACACACUGGACGACUUCACGACUUCACGACUUCACGACUUCACGACUUCAAUAGCUAUACGACCUUGCGAUUUUACGGACUGGGCGACUCCACAACGACAUUACCCUGGCAUGGAUACAAUCAUUGGAGCGAAACAUAAUCUCUGUAAGUCGUAUAACAUCCUGAUUUUCAAAGAACACUGA